CGGAAUUACCAAGGAAGACGGACGACGUUGACUUCGCCACUGAAGUCUGCUCGGAGGUCAGUCAGCAAUGGAGCGAUCGAGAUUGACUGAAGGGGCAGGUGGAGGGGUAGGUGAGAUGGUGGCAUCUCGUGGUCAGCGUGAAGAAGGCGUCUUCGCGCAUGGAACAACACAUGUGGAGCUUCUACAGCAGAUAGGCUUAUCAGAGAAUCUUCAACAUCAAGCAGAGGAAUGGGUGGCUGAGCUGGAAAACACGCAGCAGCAUAUGCAACAGAUUGUGGGAGACUUGGCCUCCGUGGCCCGGGCUGGGUCGGUGGUGGAUUGGGGGGGUUCUACCAUGUCCACAUGGCUGGAGGACAAGUGCCAGCAGCUGUCAACUAUCCUCUGGCAGAUUGUGGAGGAUCCAGAACUGGAGCCUUUUGUAGAUUGGCAGCGGGCUGACACUCUGAUAAUGAAUUGUAACAUGAUCUACAGCGACGGAGUUGAUUACUACGAUGAAUUGAAGGAGAGGCUGUCAAGUGAAACAUCUACGAAGGCGCGUGAGACUAUGAUUUCAGCAUCAGCGACAAUCAACACGAUGGCGCCUACUUCGCUACUUCCAUCUGCAGCAGUACCGGUGACGUAUCUACCAUUAUCAACAUCAGCAACGAAAACUUCGUUUCAAAUGACGGCAACAAGGUUUGCGGACGUGGCUACCCACAAGACUGCCAGCUGCUACAACGACAACAAUAACAAAAAUUACAAAAGCAACGACGCUGUGGUAAGGGCGAUUGGACAUCCUCUCCCCCCCCCCUUUUUCCCUCCCUUCUUCCUUGCCUUCUCGUGCUUUUUUGGGGUUGACGGGGGGGGAAGGGCGAUUGGGCAGGUCGAAUGGAUUGUUCGGCAGACCAGAAGGGUGGGCGGGGGAGCGAGAAGUGAGAUGGUGGAGUAAAGGGGUGGGAUAGCGACUGUCAGAUCGCCCAGGGGGACAGGGUGGCAUGUGACUGGUCUGUUUUGCCAUCCGACGCUGGCCACGUGGCAACAGGGCGGGUAGGGUUUGCCCUGGUGAUCGAUCAGCAGUAUGUCAUGUGGAAUAUAUGAUUUUAACUUUUAGUGUUUCCGUAAUCUGGUCACGUGGCAGGCGGCUACUCACAAGACUGUCGGUUGCUACAACAACAACAAUAAUAAAAGUAACAAAAGCAUUGAUACUGU